CGCUGCUGGAAGGGGCGGGGGGAGGGGGCGGCGGCCGGAGGCGCUUCUGCUGGGGCUGCAGUCGCCGCUGCCGCCGGGCUCCGAAGGCAGCCGGACGCUGAGCCCUCCACCGCUUCCAUCCUCUGCCCCCCGCUCGCCGGCUGCACCAUGAACAGAAGCAGCGGCGCCACGUCGUGCCCUCCAACGGUCCCCGGCGACGGCCACAGCAGCGGGCACGGGCGCAGCGAGUGCCGCCGGGUCUGUAGCAACUGCCGGAAAGUCCUGAGGCAGGAAAAGAAAAUCAGAGUAUCUCUGCCUUUAACAAGAGGACCAAGUGCCUUUAUACCAGAGAAGGAUGUUAUGCAAGCCAAUAGUUUGAAUGAACGUAUGCAUCUGCUGGUGGAAGAAUAUUCUACAUCCGGUCGCCUAGACAACGUCACUCAGGUCAUGAGUUUACACAUUCAGUACCUGGAGUCUUUUCUCCGCAGUCAGUUUUAUAUGUUGCGUGUGGAUGGUCCUCUUCCUUUGCCCUACCGACACUACAUAGCAAUCAUGGCUGCUGCCAGACACCAGUGUUCCUAUCUAAUAAAUAUACAUGUGGAAGAGUUCCUGAAGACUGGAGGGAUACCAGAAUGGCUGAACGGCUUAGAAUACAUUCCUCAAAGGCUGAAAAAUCUGAACGAAAUCAACAAGCUGCUUGCACACCGACCUUGGCUGGUUUCCAAAGAGCACAUUCAGAAACUUGUGAAGACAGGGGAAAAUAAUUGGUCUCUUCCUGAACUGGUGCAUGCUGUGGUCCUUUUGGCACAUUAUCACUCCUUGGCAAGUUUCGUUUUUGGCAGUGGCAUCAAUCCAGAGAGAGAUUUUGGGACCUCCAACGGCUACCGACUCAUAUCAGUUAACCACUUCUGCGUCUGUGAUCUCGCCAAUGACAACAACAUUGAAAACGCAACCCUCAAAAGUAACAGCUUUGGGCUCUCCGAUUCAUUAAGUGAGUUGGAGGCCUUGAUGGACAGAAUGAAGAGGCUGCAAGAGGAGGACGAUGCUUCCCCAGAAGAAAUGGAUACACGCUUUGAGAAAGAAAAAUCAGAGAGUCUACUAGUUGUUACUGAAGAGUUUGAUGACGAAUUAAUUUCCAUCGGCGAUGUUUCCUGCUACAUUGAAGACCCUGGGUUUGGUUACAAAGAUUUUGCAAGACGGGGGGAAGAUCAUCUUCCAACAUUUCGAGCCCAGGACUACACUUGGGAAAAUCAUGGCUUCUCCCUUGUGAACAGACUGUAUUCUGAUAUUGGCCAUCUCCUGGACGAGAAAUUUCGGAUGGUCUACAACCUUACCUACAAUACCAUGGCCAGCCAUGAAGAUGUUGACACCACCAUGUUAAGAAGAGCUUUAUUUAAUUACGUUCACUGUAUGUUUGGAAUCAGAUAUGAUGACUAUGAUUACGGCGAAGUUAAUCAACUACUUGAACGGAAUCUGAAGAUUUACAUUAAGACCGUGACCUGCUACCCAGAGAGAACUAACAAGCGCAUGUACGACAGCUACUGGCGCCAGUUCAAGCACUCAGAAAAGGUCCACGUGAAUCUUCUUCUGAUGGAAGCUCGCAUGCAGGCGGAGCUGCUCUACGCCUUUCGUGCCAUCACCUGUCACUUGACCUGACAGGCCCAAACGCGGUCUUAGGAGCCAAACUUCCAAAUAAGACGAGCAGUAAAAGGCUGCCCUCUUUGGGGGUGGCAUCAGGCCUAUUGGAUUCCGUAGUGUUGAAAGCUGAAGCUGUGUGUCUGGCAGCUGUUUACCGUGCAAUGAAUCUCUCGCUCUUUUCUCUGUCCGUCUAUCUCUUUCCCGAUCCUUACAUUUACUAGCAAUCGCAAACAACAACACUGCGGAACGCUUCUCCUGAAGCGGAUUCCCGUUGAAGUAUUGCUGUAAGCUGGUUUGCUAUCUCUGAUCCUUUGCUGUGUGUGUGUUUUUUUCCCCUCGCACUCAGAAUUUAAAAUGUCUCUCUUGAGGUUCCAACUAUCGCAUUUGGUCUGUCCUGUAGACGGUAUCUUGCCCGGACGGAUUUGUCCAUCUCUUCUCCCUUCUUUCUUUUUAGCUCUUUCUGGAAUAUUAACAUGCCGUUUCCCUUAAUACUGCGUACGCUAUGUUUUAAGCUGAAUUGCUCAGUUAAGCUUGUUCUUGCAUAAACUCCCAAGAAAUGUUAAUUCUUCGGCGGUAGGUCGGAGGUUGUGUGGAAUGAAUGCAACUAUUGUGUUUACCUUUUUUUUUUUAAAAAAAAGAAAAAUGUGAAAGCAACUGCGGCACACCCCCGCGGCAUGUUACUGACAACACGGCAUUGGAAGACUGUUUUCCUGAAUGCAGUGGUUCUUCCCCUAUCCAUUUCAACUGUACAGUUUCAGGGACGGCCUAUCCUCUUUGGCCCUACGAUUGUGUCGCUUUCUGCCUCUCCCAUUUCUGUGGAGGUUCUUGGCAACCCAGGCCAGCAACUCAGUUUUAACUUGGCAUGUGUGGAUUUUUUUAUUUUUAAACCAGGUUACUUUGUAACUUUUAACUGGUGCACGGAUUAGGCAGCAGUGAGUCUGUGUACAAGUUCAACACGCACUGCCUGAUCAAAAGGGAGGGGGAGACCUACGCAAGUUAAGUUGGGUUGGUCCACAUAGGAAAGUUUGUGUUAACUCAUAUCGCUGGAAAGUCGAGACCCUAUUUCUUCUCCUCUUCAGUUUCCCCAAACUCGUUCACCCGAAGCAUGGAUUCUUUUGCUGAUCUGUAGCGUUUUCCCGGAAAGUUCCAUGUUAUGCUGCCUUCCGUUGGGCGAGAGCGUUGUUCCGUCUCGCCCAUUAUUGUGAGUUCUGGUUGACGGUUGCUCGACUAGAAUCGCAGGCGGGCCUCUUUAAAUUCCCUUGCACAACUUGAGAUCGUUUCUCUCGAGAUGCCCACCCACCCCUUCUACAAGCAGAGAAAGUGCUUUCGUGAAGUUACAUCUUUCUUCCAUUGCUGUUUCUUUCUUUCUUUUUUAAAGAAAAAAAUAUAUAUAGAAGAGUAAUGACGGUGGUGUUGAUUCAAACUUUUAAGAAGUUUCAUUCUUCUCGUAUUUCCCUGAGUGAUAGUGUCAGAGCAGGUUUUUAUAUAUGCAUAUAUAUAUAUAUAAUCUAUAUUUUAAAGCUAUGAAUCAUGUUUCUGUGUGUUGUCAUGAGUGAACAAAGGAAGUGCAAUAUUUGAGCAGAAAGGCAAGGUUCUCCCACCCAACAAACUUCCUGCUGAAAAGUCCUAUUCAGAACAUCUGGGGAACAGCAGUUUGUUCUUUCCCAAACGUUGUUCCUAACCUUGGCUUGCUUGCCUUGAACAAUCAUCUACUCCCACAUUGCCAAAGCCUCUGUUAAAACAAAACUGGGGCGGAGCCAGAGGUGGUAUUAGCUUACCUUCCCUACCAUGAGUGCGCCUGAGCCUUCUGUGCAUGCCCCUUUAGCGAAAAAAAGGGCUUUAACGGGAUGCCAUAGAGCCGGAGCAGGUGGGUGGGGCCACCCACGAUUUCUGCUCCCAGUUCAGGGGAACCUGUCAGAACUGGUAGAAUGAAUGCCACCUCUGGGUAGAGCCCAGAUCCCCAUUCCUUUCUGUGGAGCCUCGGUUCCUUCCAAUGGAGAUGCCAGGUUGAGUUUUCCCGAGAAGCGACUGUGGCAAAAGCGCCACGCUCGCUUCGAAGAGGUAGCAACCAUUGGACCCUGUCCUUUUUGAGAAAAAGAUGUGAAUUGCCAAAAAAAUUAAAAAGAUCCCGUCUCUGUGGUGCUUGAGCACACACUCUUUGCAGUUUUAGAGCACAAGUUACCCGUGUUUUUAAUAGCUUUAAGUGUGUUACGUUGCGUUUCAGCGAAGUGCCUGAAUACUGACCCACAGAAGCAGUGACUUUUCAGUGAUGGGCUUAAUCCAGGGAACGUUAGUCAUAACUAAGUCCCAUUGAAAUCUAAGCUGCUUUUGGCCCAACUGUGACUCUUUUGUCAGAGUUGACAACUUGCCCACUGCCUUCGAGUGGUCUUAAUCUACCAAUAAAUCUUAAGCACUGACCAACAUUUUGGCAACAAGAUUGCCAGUUGUGACUAACUUCGGCUCGACUGGUUUUGAUGUAAAUUCUUCCCUCACCCACCCACUCACUCACCUUUCCCUUUUCUGGCUUAAGACUGACCCCAGGUUCCCCCCCCCCCUGUGCUUUGGAAAUGAACGAAAUGGGUUUUCUAAAUGAGCUGUAGAAAACAAAAUAGAAUCGUUCCACAAAAAAAAAAAAAGCGAAAGAUUUUCAUAAUCACUUGUUUUAUAAUAGUACUUUCAGUGUUUAAAAAACAAAAUAGACCAGACCAAGGUUAUUUUGUUGAACUUUUCAAAACUUUACUUACCAUCCUUUGGGAUAGGAUGUUGUUCUCCUCCCCCUCUUCCGCCCCGCCCCCCUUUCAGAUGUUGAAAUGAUUGUGUUCAUUCUCCUGUGCAUGUGGAACCGUAAGCUAUUUUUGAUAUCCACAUUCUCUGGGGGAUAUGUUUACUGUACACUACGGAUUUCUAUCAGCUGCAUCGUUGCACAGAUGUGACUUCUCUUCAAGAAACUUAGAAAUUGUAAAAACCAACUUUUUUAAAAAAAGAAAAAAAAUAUUUUCCCCAGCCACCUAAAACAUUAUUCUCCCUCCUGCUGUUAUAUUUUCUGCAGUUCUGCCUCUCGGGUAGACAUUCAGUUGAAUGGAGACGGCUGUUAAAUCAAACUGGGACAAGAAUGGGGACUUGGUGCAGGCACCAACCACUCACCAAACUAAGCUAAGUUAGUUGCUGCUGGACAAACGUCCAGUCCUCCUUCCCUGUAGGUGGAGAUAGCACAGGAAUUUCCUAGGCAAUGAGAGAGUUCUGCCAGUUGCUUUACUAUGGCAGAAGUUGGGCCCAUGUUCUUCUCUCAGCAUCAGAUUGUUGUGUCCAGAAUCACAUUGAAUCAGUGGAAGAGUUGAAGGUCAAUUGCAUUUUUAGCUUUGAGCGGGCUCUGGCUUUGAACGAGAGUCAUGAUGAAAGUGGAGGAAAAAACUACUGAAAACUGGUCUCCCAACACAGAGCGGCAGACCAACUGGUGGAGAGAAAAG